CGGCAUAUUUUGUUGAUUUCGAAAUUAGUCGUUUUAGGAUAUUGAAUUAGUUCUUGUCAUAUGCAUACGGUUUUCUAAAUUAACUUUAGCCUUUUAUCUUUGAAGCUGGGAUAUUAAUUAUUUUGCAACAGAAUGGAAAUUCCUUAAAAACUGUUAAAAGACUUUAAGAGAUGUUGCAUAUCUGCUAACUGACAAUGUCAGCCCGAUACAUGAGACUGCCCACAUCAGACCAGGUGGACGAUGUGCGACUUGAUUUCUCUUCCACCUUUAACUACUCCAGCGCGGACAACCAGUUUGCUCCAAUCAACCCUAACAAAUACAGAUCAGCAUUCAGCUUUACAGAAUCCCGCUAUGUGGAUGAUGUUCAGUUUACAAGAGUGAAGCAGCCUUUGAUUGGUCGAGUGUGUCACCUGUUCCUGACUGCCUGCUGUAUCCUGCUACUGAUCCUAACCUUUCCUGUCAGUGGCUGGUUUUGCUUCAGGAAACUUGGACAAUAUGAGAGGAUUGCCAUAUUCCGUCUAGGACGACUUGUAGAGAUUAAAGGUCCUGGGAUAGUUUUUAUUUUACCAUGUGUGGAUAACUGCAGAAAAGUGGACAUGAAAAUUAAGGCGUUUAAUGUUCCCCCACAACAG